UUCUUUCAAGGUUUUGAUGGUCUUUACUUGCUCUGUUGUUAGUCAGUGGACAUUGUACGUCCGAUCCCCAGUGAGAUAGAUCUCUGAUCAGGAUCUUGUGUGCUGGGGGCACGCAGGCAGGUCAACCAGUAGGGUCCUGUGCUCUCUGUACUAUUUUUUAGGUAGCCGUGCUCUUUUCAUUGCGAAAUAGCAGUAGCAUCAUAGUGGUGGGAUCGAGGAAGGGCCGGGAGGACGACCUUGGGGUCGGCCAACCCUUGCAUUUCAACCACGUUUUGGUUUUGGGCGCCACUGAAAUCCUCGCUGCGUGGUGUGAGGUCCACUCUUUUCAGAAAACCUUGUGCCAAGUUGCAUGAGAAUGCACUACUACUCCAGUAAGUUGUGUGGAGCAUUCGUUUUGUUCCUCACCACCGCUCAAGUCUUCCACUUGGAAAAAAAGAACCGGCGCCUUCCAGGCACCCCCAACCCCGCUAUAAAUUGCCGCGGCCGCCCUCCCUUCCUCCUCGGUCCUCACAGGCACUCCACCAGCCAACCACGAGCCGGUGGAGUGGCAGGCAGGCUAGCUCAGUGGUGAGUGCCCGAGUCGUAGCCGCCUUUGAAUUCCACGCGGAGUCGUCGUCGCGCUCCCCGGCUAGUCCCGUGUGUCGCUUACCACCUGAGUAGCAGCAGUUCGUCUUGUCGACCGCCGGCGGCUAUAUAAAUUGCUGCGUAAGUCACGGUGCUGAGCACUCCAGCUAGAGCACGAACCGAGAUGGGGGAGAACGGUGUGCCCAGGCACUGCUACCCGGCCGCCGCGGCGGCGGCGGCCAUGGAGGUGACCUCCAUGGAGCUCGGCCACACGGCAGGCUCGAAGUGCUACGACGACGACGGCCGCCUCAAGCGCACCGGGACGAUGUGGACAGCGAGCGCGCACAUUAUCACGGCGGUGAUCGGGUCUGGGGUGCUGUCGCUGGCGUGGGCCAUCGCGCAGCUCGGCUGGGUGGCCGGCCCCGCCGUCAUGCUGCUCUUCUCCUUCGUCACCUACUACACCUCCGCGCUGCUCGCCGACUGCUACCGCUCCGGCGACGAGUGCACGGGCAAGCGCAACUACACCUACAUGGACGCCGUCAACGCCAACCUCAGUGGCAUCAAGGUCCAGAUCUGCGGCUUCCUGCAGUACGCCAACAUCAUCGGCGUCGCCAUCGGCUACACCAUCGCCGCCUCCAUUAGCAUGCUGGCGAUCAAGAAGGCCAACUGCUUCCACGUGGAGGGCCACGGCGACCCGUGCAGCAUCUCGAGCACGCCGUACAUGAUCAUCUUCGGCGUGGCGGAGAUCUUCUUCUCGCAGAUCCCGGACUUCGACCAAAUAUCGUGGCUCUCCAUCCUGGCCGCCGUCAUGUCCUUCACCUACUCCACCAUCGGGCUGGGCCUCGGCAUCGUCCAGGUGGUCGCCAACAAGGGCGUCCAGGGCAGCCUCACGGGCAUCAGCGUCGGCGUGGUCACCCCCAUCGACAAGGUGUGGCGCAGCCUGCAAGCAUUCGGCGACAUCGCCUUCGCCUACUCCUACUCCCUCAUCCUCAUCGAGAUCCAGGACACCAUCCGUGCGCCGCCGCCGUCCGAGUCCAAGGUCAUGCGCCGCGCCACCAUCGUCAGCGUCGCCGUCACCACGCUCUUCUACAUGCUCUGCGGCUGCAUGGGCUACGCCGCGUUCGGCGACGCCGCCCCCGGGAACCUCCUCACGGGCUUCGGCUUCUACGAGCCCUUCUGGCUCCUCGACGUCGCCAACGCCGCCAUCGUCGUGCACCUCGUCGGCGCCUACCAGGUCUACUGCCAGCCGCUGUUCGCCUUUGUCGAGAAGUGGGCGCAGCAGAGGUGGCCCAAGUCCAAGUACAUCACCGGGGAGGUCGACGUCCCGCUCUCCCUCUCCGGCUCCGCCGGCCGGUGCUACAAGAUGAACCUGUUCCGCCUGACGUGGCGGACGGCGUUCGUGGUGGCGACGACGGUGGUCUCCAUGCUCCUGCCAUUCUUCAACGACGUGGUCGGGCUCCUCGGCGCGCUGGGGUUCUGGCCGCUCACCGUCUACUUCCCCGUGGAGAUGUACAUCGUGCAGAAGAAGGUGCCCCGGUGGAGCACGCGGUGGGUGUGCCUGCAGCUGCUCAGCCUCGCCUGCCUCAUCAUCACCGUGGCCUCCGCCGCCGGCUCCGUCGCCGGGAUCAUCUCCGACCUCAAGGUGUACAAGCCGUUCGUCACCACCUACUGAUCGACCGGUCGUCGCACUGAACAUAUGCACAGAUUGAUGGACAGACAGAUGAUUAUUGGCGCAUAGUAUGUGCAGUCUUUAAUUAAAUUAGCCAUUAAUUAAUUACCACACGGUAAAAGAAAAAGGAAAAGAAGAAAAUUGGUGUCCUUGUGAUGCAUAGCUUGCAUCACCGAUGUACCGUGUCCUUGCUAAUUUCCAUUGUUUGCGAUCUGGUUAACUGAAAAAGGUAGUGAAUUAAGAGGAAUCCAAUAGUGUGUUUCCAAGUCAAA